GUGAUAAUGAUUUUGGAAUUGGAUGUUAAAUGUUAAUAUUUUUGAAAAAUUAACCUCCCAAGUUGGUCUUUUGAGUUGUAGACUUUAUACUGUACUUGAUAGUGGUGAAAUACUUUAUUUUAAAACUAUUUUAGUAUAAGACAAUGUAUUGAUUAAUCGUUGAUCUUGCGAAAGCUUCUUUAAAUAGCUGACAAUCAUUAGUCCUCGACAAAAACAUGGAAAUGAACAGGAAAGAAAUUAUUUCGUUAGUCAUUCGUAUGACGUUAAUGUCUACUUGUGCAUAUUUUGGUACGAAAUGGUUAUUGGGUCAGAUCGAUCCAACCAGCCAGCAGAAGAAAAAGUCCAAGCAAACGGCUCUUAGUAAAUUAAAAAGUCUUGGUUUGGAACAAGUUAAAAAUCUGACUGAUCAUGAGUUGAUGAUUGCCAGUCAUCUUGUAAAUCCAUAUGAUAUCACUGUUUCAUGGAAUAACAUAGCUGGACUCAGUCAAGUAAUAGACGAAAUAAAAGAGACUGUGAUAUUUCCUGUUCAAAGAAAGGAAUUGCUUAGGCAUUCAGUAUUAACCAAACCCCCCAAAGGUGUUUUACUUCAUGGGCCUCCUGGAUGUGGGAAGACCAUGAUUGCUAAAGCAACUGCACGAGAAGCCGGUAUGAAUUUCUUGUACUUAGAUGUCUCUUUAUUGACUGAUAAAUGGUAUGGUGAAAGUCAGAAAUUAGCCGGAGCUGUUUUCAGUUUGGCUCAGAAAUUGCAACCGUGUAUCAUAUUCAUUGAUGAAAUAGAUUCGUUUCUGAGAUCUAGAACACAAAACGAUCAUGAAGCAACAGCUAUGAUGAAGGCCCAAUUUAUGAUGUUAUGGGAUGGUUUGUCAACAGAUCCUGAGUGCACAGUUAUAGUCAUGGGAGCUACAAACAGGCCUAGAGAUUUGGACCCUGCCAUACUUAGGCGCAUGCCUGCCACUUUUCAAAUAUCUUUACCGGAUGAACAACAAAGGAAAGAAAUACUUAAUUUAGUUUUAAGCUCCGAAGAGUUCGAGGAUGAUGUAGAUCUACAUAACUUAGCUAUAGAGACGAGCGGUUUUUCAGGUUCAGAUCUUCAAGAGAUGUGCCGCAUUGCCUCGUUGUUACGUAUUAAAGAUUUGAUUAAAGCAGAAGAACUACAAAGACGUCCAGAGGUUAUUAGGGCUCAAAUGCAAAGCAGAUUCGUUGGUGAGUGUUCCAGUGAUCAAUCUAAUCCAAAUUUGUUGAGACCUAUUAGUAUGGAUGAUUUGGUUGCAUCUGUAGCUAAGAUGAAGGCUUCAAAAGUUGUCACUACCACGCAAUCUAGAUUUUAGUGAAUUAAUACAUAACGAAGCAAUUAGUAGUUGGGUAAAAUGACCUGUUUAAAAUGUUUUGUCAUCAGUACAUUGGGUAUUGGUUUAGAUGUAAAAAAGGCUGAUGUUUAUAACUUUUUUAACCCCAAUAAGAUGAUUUUUAAUCAGAUAUUGUUGCUGUUGAAUUAACUUAUAGCUUGCAAAUUGAUUGGGCAAAAAAAACACAAAAUCCUUUUGUUUAUGUCUUUAAGAAUAUAAGUUAGUUUGUGUUCAGAUUUAUGUACGAUAUACGAGCUUACCACCAUUAUAAUUAAUAAAAACAUCAGUUUUUAUUUUUUCCUAUUAAAAUUAUUAUUUAGAGUAACUUUGACUUGAAUAAUUAUCUUAUUAAACUAUAGUAAAAAAAUAAGAACAUUUUUAUGAUUAAAUGGAAGUAUACUUCUUUGGGGUAUGAAUGUUUGGCUGCUUGGUUUUAUUCCUUACAAUUUAACUAUAACUUAAAUUGUGACUUAUUGUUUUAUUUUUCAUAAAUAAUUGAAAAUCUUUGUAAAAAAAAAAUUGGUUAAAAAUUGUUGUAAUUGAUUUUUUUGUUUUUCAAAUUAUAGUUUGUAAAUAUUAAUUAAUCGCAAUGCACUUACUUGUCUUUGUGGAUAUAUUUUCUAAAAUAUUCAAUAUUUGUUGAUUAUUUGUUAGCGUAUUUUUAUUUUGUACAAGAUAAUAAACAAAAUUGUAUUGUAAUCAUAUUUAUAGAAUUUAUUUUUAAAAAAAACAGCCAUUACAAUUUUAAACA